AUGAGGCUGGCUGCUGUGCUUACACUGCUGCUCGAGACAGCUGUAUGUAUGCAGCACUUCUUUGUGGAGAGCCCGGAUCACAAUAUUGAUAUCAAGCCGCUUCCACGCCACCCCACCUUGAGUCCAAAUUCAUCGCAAGUUCUUAGAACAGGACGGUAUGGCGCUGCGAGCUCGGAUUCUGAGCACUGCAACAAGAUCGCAGUUGAACAAGUUUUAAAGAAGUUCGAUGGUGCUAACGCGGCCGAUGCUGCUGUUUCUGUGGCCCUGUGCUUAGGGAUGAAGAACUUCUUCUCAAGCGGGAUCGGCGGCGGUGGAUACGCUGUAUUUGUCGGCAAAGAUCAAAUGUCUGGAGAAACAGAUUCUCUUUUUAUCGACUUUCGCGAGCAAGCGCCCGCGCUAGCCCACAAAAAUAUGUUUUCGCAAUCACCAAACGCUUCUCAGAUUGGAGGAUUAGCAAUUGCAGUUCCUGGCGAAUUGCGGGGAAUUUAUGAGCUAUUUGUCAAGAAGGGGAGUGGGAAAGUUGAGUGGAGGGAUUUGCUACAACCUAUAAUCGAGCUAGGAUCGAAUGGUUGGGAAGUCGACGAGAUUACGGCCGCUUGUUUGAAAAUAUACGAACCCUACUUUGUGCAGCAUAAGAAAGAUUGGGCUUUUGUGUUGAAUGAAGGACAGUCGCGAGUCUUAAAGACUGGAGAAAGUAUAAAACGCCCUGCUUUAUCCGAUACGUUAAAAGAAUUGGCGAGCAAUGGCACUGUCGCGCCCUUCUAUGAUCCAAACCACAGGAUAGGCCGCUCAAUGCUUCGAAAAAUUAAAGAAAGUGGAGGCAUAAUUACAGGCAAUGACUUAAAAUCAUAUUACGUUAAUACAUCAAAGCCCCUCUAUACUAAGAUCCGCUCGGGCUGGCAGUACUUUCCGAACAACGAUCUUGAGGUAUUUACAAGUGGUGGUUCUAGCUCUGGAGCUGCGCUACUUUCUGCCUUGAAAAUCUUAGACGAGUUUCCGGCCAAGAAAGGCGGGGAUUUUCAGCCAGAGCAGGUCUAUGUACUUGUAGAGUGCAUGAAAUGGAUGUCGAGCGCUAGAAGCCGACUCGGUGGCUUUUCCGAUCCACAUGAGCUCCCUCAACGCAUUCUCGAAGUUCUUGACUCCAACUGGACUCAAAACUCUGUGCGACUCAUUAACGAUCACUUGCCCGGCCUCAAGACACUUUCAAAUUGGACAGAAUACAAUCCUGCUUACGCUCUCACAGAUCCCCACGGUACAACGCAUUUUGGGGUAGUUGACAAAUUUGGCAACGCUGUUUCUUUUACAAGCACUGUGAAUCUAUUAUGUGGAUCCUUAGUCCAUGAUAUUGAAACGGGUGUUAUUUUCAACAAUCAAAUGGACGACUUCUCACAGCCAGGAAGAUCAAAUGCUUUCGAGCUUGCUCCCUCUAUCUACAAUUUUAUCGAGCCGGGGAAAAGGCCUUUGUCAUCUGCCUCUCCUGUCGUGAUCCUUGACGAGUUAGGUAAGCCUGAUCUUGUAAUCGGCGCAUCUGGGGGCUCAAGAAUAACUCCAAGCAUCUUCCAAGUUAUCACAAGACUCUACUGGUACGAAAUGCCUUUACUCGAAGCCAUCGCCUAUCCUAGGGUUCAUCAUCAGCUACUUCCUGACGUACUUGAGGUUGAAAGCUUUCCGAUGCUUGGUAAAGACACUUUAGAGGCUCUUAAAAGUAUGGGCCACAAUCUUUUGGAACAGGCUCCCAAAAGUGUUGUAAAUGGAAUCAAAAGACACAGAGGAGAAUGGCACGCGGUUAGUGACUAUUGGCGGAAGAGGGGUCUUUCGGUGGCUUAUUAG